GCCAAGGGCUUCCUAAAGAGGGGCCAGGUAUUCAGGGCUGGGAGGAGCACACCCUUGGCCAGACUGACAUUGUGAACAGGACAGUCGUGGGGUGCUGGUGGGGAUGACUGGACCGUGCACUUAAAGCCGGCUGAUGCUGAAGGAACAGAUCCAGGCUUUGCCAGUCAUCCGAGAGACGAAGCAAGAAACACAAGAAGAGAACCAUUUGAUGGAAGAAAAGAAAAAGAAAAAGCAAGAAGAAAAGAAAAAAAAGGAAGCUGCUCAAAAAAAGGCUGCUGAACAGAAAACCAAAGUGCCAGACUCUGCCAAGCCCGGCCCCGCCCCUCCUCCCCCUGCCAACCCCAGCACCACCAACCCACCAGUGCCCUCCGCCAGCGGCAAUGGCAGACGCGCCCCGUCCAGCACCCAGCAGCAGCAGCAGCAGCAGCAGCCGCCGCCGGCAGCCCCGCGCUACCCGCCCCGAGAGGUGCCCCCGCGUUUCCGUCAGCACGAGCACAAGCAGCUGCUGAAGAGAGGCCAGCCCCUGCCCGCCGGGAGCCUCACCGUGGCGCAGCCUUCGCCGGCCAGCCCCACGCCACAACCCUGCGCCAGCCAGACACACCCAGACCUGUCCCUACAGAGUGGCCAGGCAGUGCAGUAUGAGAAUUCCCACUGGGGGCAUACACCCACCAAUCGCAGUGCCACUAUAGUCACAACCAGCAGCGGCUGGGAUCCACUGAUCAUAGACGGAAGUGAUACUGAGGCGUGGCCUUCCAUUUCUCGCAACGAAAGCCACACCCCUGCAGGAUGCCCCUCGGACACUGAUAGUGUUGGUGACAUCAGCAGCAGCACAAACAGCAUGAGUAUGGCCACAGGGGCCGGCCAGCAAGGCCACUUCCCCGCCAAUCAUCCAAGUAAAGCCAAUACCAGCCACUCAGGAGGCCUCCUCUCCAGCCAGAGUGUGGUCAACAGAGGCUGGGGCUCUAGCCCAUCUCCUGCCACAGGUGGAGAAGGGAAAAGUGAUGGCAGUAAUGUACCAAUGGGAGCCAGGGCUUGGGGCUCCUCCAAUUUUAACUUGAACUUGAAUCCCAACGCCAACCCCUCAGCCUGGCCAGUCCUAGGACAUGAAGGGACCGGCGUAGGUGGCAGCUCUGGAGGACCCAACCCCCCUCCUCCUAAUCUUUGUAGCCCACCAGGUGCUCCACCCACCGGCACCAGCAGCAGUGGUAAUAUGGGUGGUGCCAAUGGAACCUCUGUCAGUAACAAUGGUAGUGGUGGCAGUGGCAGUGCGUGGGGGGGCAUGGUCCCCGCUGACACCUCUGAGCCACACUCCUCCUCGUCCACGAACGUGUCUUUUAGCUCCGAACAGACCCUUAACACUGAUGGACCAAAUCACACUAAACAGGAGCCCGUGAGCCCUGGCCAUGGCCUGCCUAACUGGAGCGUCACCCCUGUGGCCAUGGGCUCCUUUGGCCAACCCUCAGCAGGAACUUCACAGGUCAAUGGGGAGGAGGGAUCCGUUUGGGGCAACGGAGAUGCCAAGUCUGCCAGUGCCUCCAAGGACUCAGGUUGGGACUCGGGGAACAGCUGGGGGCAAGGAGCAGCUUCAGGCACUGCUGGCUGGGGACAGGCCUCAUCCAGUUCGGACUGGGGCAAGCAUUCUGGCAAUGAGCCUAAGUGUUGGGAGUCUGCAGGCUCUCCAACUCAAGAGCAGCAGCUGAACUCCUGGGGCAGUGGGGCCAAUGCCCCAGCCAGUGAAGGAAGCAGCGACAGCAUGGAUGGACAUCCUCACAGAAGGGACCGCUCCUCAAGGGACAUGGCCCCUCCUCUUCUGCCUGCCCAGGACAUGGACCCGAGGGUCCUCUGCAACACUGGAUGGGGGCAGACCCCUGUGCGUCAGCACACUGCUUGGGAGACGGAGGAAGCUGCUCGUUCGAACCGCAAGAAUGAUAUUGGGACAGAAGCCUGGAGCUCAUCCUCAAAUGCACCUACAAUGGGACCACCGCCCACUCCCAGCAAUGCCAACCCAAAUUCUGGCACUGCGUCCAGGCCCGAUUCUGGGGGCAAGAGUGAGGGUCCCUGCCCUGCAGCUGCAGCUACAUCAGGCUGGGGGACAGCCAUGCCUGCAUCCUCACAAACUGGGUCUGGAUGGGGGGAUACCACUAGCACCAAGAAAGUCCCCUCUGGUGGUGGGGGAUGGGGUAACCCCCCGCCUGGAGGCCAUAGUGGCAACCUCCAAAAAGGUGGACAGUCCUGGGGCUCUGAAGAGAAGUCUCCCACCUGGGAAGAUUCCCAUUCCAAGGCUAAACCUCAGGGUUGGGGUGAGGGGCCUAAGCCAUCCCAUGGAUGGGGGAGUGGAGCUGGAGGAGAUGGUGGGGCUGGCAGUGAAUGGGGUGAUUCUGGAGAAGGGAAGAAGAAUGGGCCAUCCAGCUCAUCUUGGGAAGGAGAGGGACCGGGCUGGAAAGAGGGCCACCGUGGUUGGGGAAAUUCCACCUCAGGAGUCGGAGGAAACUGGGGAGAUACACAGCGCUCCAGUGCCCCAGCACAGGGAUGGAGCAACAAGCCUCAGGAGGGUGGCAGUGGCAAUAGUGCAGGUGGGAGCAUGGGUUCAUGGGGAGGAGCUGGCUCCGUUAAACAGAGUGGCUCUGGCUGGACUGGAGGUAAUGGGGGAGGAGCUAAGCAUAAUCACGUUGCAGAGCCCACAGGUUGGGAGGAGCCCUCCCCAACCUCCAUCCGGCGCAAGAUGGAAAUUGACGAUGGCACGUCAGCUUGGGGUGAUCCAAACAGCUAUAACAAGACUGUCAACCUCUGGGAUAGGAACAAUCCUGGAAUGCAGAGUAAAACAGGCCCUGCAAAUGCCAACAAUCCUCCCAACAACCAUCACCACCACACCCACCAUAAUCAGCCUCCUAUGCCAGGCCACAGCCAUGGAGGUCCAAAUGCAGCCAAUAACCACAUCUCCCCUGACAAUACAAGCCCACAUCAAACUGUGACCACUCAUAGCAGAGCCCCCAUCAUGAAUCCGGGAUGGGGAGAGAUGCCUAAUGUCCACUCCAAGCCUGAGCCUUCGUGGGGAGAGCAGGCACCCCCUGCAGCCAAUGUUGACAAUGGAACAUCAGCCUGGGGUAAACCCCUUGGAAGCUGUGGGGGCUGGGGUGAGAGCAGCCCUGAGGGCUAUGGCCGGGGCAAUGGGCCACCAGGACCUGCCCCCUGCAAGCCAGCCCCUAAAUCUAUGCAAGACGGCUGGGGAGGCGGUGAGGAAAUAGGCCUGUCGGCUGGGCAGUGGGAGCAAGAGGAGGGCGACAUGUGGAACAGCACUGCCUCUCAGGAGAGCAACUCAUCCUGCAGCUCUUGGGGCAACCCGCCUAAGAAGGGCCCACAGAAGGGCAAGGUUCCUAACAAACAGGAUGACGCCUGGGUGAUGAACCGUCUCAUCAAGCAACUCACAGACAUGGGCUUCCCUAGAGACCCUGCGGAGGAGGCUCUGAAGAGCAACAACAUGAACCUGGACCAGGCCAUGAGCGCCCUACUAGAGAAGAAGACCGAACUGGAUAAGCGGGGGAUGGGAAUGUCUGACUACAACAACGGCCUCGUCAACAAACCGAUGGGCUGCAGACCUUCGGUCAUCUCCAAAGAAUCCCCCUCAGACCGCCCCCCCUUCCUGGAUAAGGAUGGAGGACUAGCGGAAGAUGCCCAAACCUCACCGUUUAUGCCUUCUCCCAGCCUGAAGCUCCCACUGGGCGGAGCUGCCCUCCCUGGGCAGGGCCUCGGGGUCGCCAUGCAAAACUUGAACAACAGACAGAUGCAGAGUGGAAUGUUUGGCAGUAGCGGAGCAGCACAAACCCGAGCCCUGCAGCAGCAGCCACCUCCUCAGCCGACAGUGCCGCCUCUCAACUCCUCCCAGCCUAGUCUACGCACUCAAGUGCCUCAGUUUCUCUCCCCUCAGGUUCAAGCACAGCUCUUACAGUUUGCAGCAAAAAACAUUGGUCUCAACCCUGCACUUUUAACCUCACCAAUAAACCCUCAGCAUAUGACCCUGUUGAACCAACUCUACCAGCUGCAACUGGCGUACCAGCGUUUACAAAUUCAGCAGCAAAUGCUGCAGGCGCAGCGCAAUGUUUCCGGCCCCAUUCGACAACAGGAGCAGCAGGUUGCACGUACAAUCAAUAACAUGCAGCAGCAGAUCCAGCAGCACCAGAGGCAGCUGGCCCAGGCCCUGCUCAUGAAACAGCAGCAGCAGCAGCAGCAACAGGCCCCACCCCCCUCGCACCCCAGCCUGCACCCCGGCGCCGGCAAAUCAGCCCUGGACACUUUCCCCACCCACCAACAGCCAUCGGGCCUCUCCGUCUCCGACCUGCAGACCAAAGAGCCGCAGUCUUCACCCAACUCGUUCACCCCUUAUGCUCUCGCUGGACUGAACCCCAACAUGAAUGUAAGCUGCAUGGAGGUGGGUGGCCUGUCCAUGAAGGACUCUCCUCAGCCUCAGUCACGCCUGUCACAGUGGACGCACCCCAACUCCAUGGAGAACCUCUCUGGCAACUCCUCCCCAAUGGAGCCCAGCCUCAGCAAGCAUGGGCCUACCCUCGCACCCCCAGGUAAGCCCCCUCUAGACGACUCCUACAGCCCCUAUAACCUGAUCCCCAGCUCAGAGUCUCCUGCCAGUCCCCUUGUGCCAUUGGACAACUGGGGCCAGGGAAAGAGCGCCAAUGACAAGAUCUCCAAUGGGACCAACAUCAACUGGCCGCCAGAGUUCUGCCCGGGAGUGCCCUGGAAAGGACUGCAGAACAUCGACCCUGAAACGGACCCCAAUGUGACCCCAGGAAGUGUUCCCAGCGGCCCAACCAUCAACACCAACAUUCAGGACGUGAACCGCUACCUGCUCCGGGACAGGAGCGGAGGCAAGUUGUCGGACAUGAAGUCCACUUGGUCCCCUGGGCCCAUUGCCCACACCCAGGCCUCUCUGUCCCACGACCUGUGGAAGGUGCCUCAGGGGCCGAGGAGCACGACAGCACCCAGCCGCCCUCCACCAGGCCUGACCAACACCAAGCCCUCCUCCACAUGGGGGGGCAGCAGCCUGGGUCUGGUCCCCGGCUGGAGCAGCUCCUACUCCUCAGGUACCACAUGGAGUACAGAUAGCUCCACUAGGACCAGUAGCUGGCUGGUACUGAGGAACCUUACACCUCAGAUUGAUGGUUCUACACUGCGGACGCUGUGUAUGCAGCAUGGACCGCUCAUCACAUUCCACCUGAACCUGACACAAGGCAACGCUGUGGUGCGCUACAGCUCCAAGGACGAGGCUGCCAAGGCCCAGAAGUCUCUGCACAUGUGCGUUCUGGGCAACACCACUAUCCUCGCGGAAUUUGCCGGAGAGGAGGAGGUGAACCGCUUCUUUGCACAGGGUCAGUCCCUCACGCCCACCACCAGCUGGCAGGCCAACCCUGGCACCAAUCAGACACGGCUGGGGGGCGGAGCAGCUGCGACUUCGCACCCCAUUAGCCACUGGAACAGCAGCAAUCUGGCAGCAGGAGGCGGAGCUGGGGGCGGAGCGAAGGCGGGCAGUGAGCUGCUGUGGGGAGGCGUGCAGCAGUACUCCAGCCUGUGGGGACCGCCCAGCUCAGAAGAUGGCAGAGUUGUGGGCAGCCCCACCCCAAUCAAUACGCUGCUUCCUGGAGACCUGCUGAGUGGAGAGUCCAUGUAGUAGUGCAGAGCACUAAAGACAGACUAACCCUGGGGAAAGUUAUGAAUAUUACAAAUGAAAACAGGAAUAAAAAAAACAACAACAACAACAAACUUGAUAAAGAAAAAAGAUUUAACACAGGAGCAAAACCAAGCAAAUCAUGUGGUGAUAAUCAGCAUUAGUGGAGCUGUGAACCCAGAGACAGGAGGCCAGAGCAACGCCUUCCUCUUCUCCUUUUUAUUUUGCAUCAUUUCAUUGAACUUUUGUGUUACUUUUUUUGUGCCGCUUUGGUUGCAGUAUUCUGUAAGACUUUUGGAGAAGAGAGAAGAAUCCAGUGACUAAACAAAGGAAAGAAAACCUUUACUAAUGAGCUUUCUCUUAUAACUCCAAACUGUGCAAAAGUGUAUUUUACUACAACUGAGACUAGCUGCCAUUUUUACGAGUCCCCUGUCACUAGCCCCUGGUUCACACCCCAGCUACGCCAGGCGAGCUCCUCCCCUUCCCUGCCCCAAAGAAACAGAUCAUUCCACGCUGGCCCUUCCCUUUAGACUGCUCGCCAUCUGUCUGUUGGAGCGGCGGGUUUGUUUUGCAGCACUAAACUAGCCUUAACCGCGUCCCGGGCCCGUCUCCCGGCCCAGCCUCCAGACACCGCCCUGGGCUUUGUAAAGACAAGUGUCCGGGAGAUACGCAGCUUCCCGUGUCUGAGCCAAUGGAGGGGGGAGGGGGGCGGCAACGUCCCGCGUUCGGCCCCGCGCACGUGCUCGCCGCUUCUUCCAGACCUCAGCCACCAUCCCUGCACGCACGCCAUGCCGUCGGAGAGAAGGGUGCCCGUUGGCACUCACUGAGGAGGCCAAGCGAGAGGCUGCGUCAACCACUGUCUUCAGAUAUUUGUAAAGAAACACUUGGGAAUGUGCUGUGCAGAACAGACGGUCAAAAGAGCCCGCUUCCUUCAUUCGUCCCAUCAGCUUCGUGAGUGACCUCUAAUCUUUUCGUGACCCCAAUGGCUCCCUGGGGGAGUGGGGAGGAGGACGUCCUCCUCAUGUUUGUCUGACGUGCAAUAUGCCACAGACUCUUCCGUCCAUCGUUACACAGUGCUUAUGCUGGUGACGUUCUCUUUUGUUUGUAUGAGCUUGCUGGGAGAGGUGGGGGCGUAACUCAAAAACUGCUCUCCUCCCACAUCCACUGAGUGCAAGACUAAGAGAAGGAGCUUCUCGUGGUGUGUAAGCACUUAGUGAAACGGUCACUAGCACUUCCUCAAAACACACGUGCGCACACACGUAUACACACACACACACACACACACACACACACACACACACACAGAAGCAUGCACGCAGAGUGGACACAAGGGGACACGGGCUUCAAACCAAAUAAGAUGUGUUUCUUGUAACCCAGUAGACAAGGUGCAUUUUAUGUUGUAUUUGGUACAAAAGAACAGAACAAAGAGACGGGGUGGUUUAUCAUAGCACUUAGCGAGAGCAUCAGGCUCUGACUUAAAUGCCAACAAAUCACAUGGAGAGCCCAAACUGAAAAAAGCAAAGAUAAAGCAAUCUACACAGCUCUCCAUGCUCUGUUUAAAACUCUAAGUGGAUUUUUUUAUUUGUCCCUCCAUAGUCUGUGGACUUGGAUGGACUUCAUUAAUGGUAGCAAAUGAAGGGUAGUUUAAAUGGAAAAAAAAACAACAAAAAAAAACAAAAAAAAAACCAAGACCGACCGAUUUUGAAGCAUUCACGUGUUUUCUUUGAACUAUAUAUCAAAGUAAAUAUCACUGUUACAGUACUCCAGAAUUGUUAGCCUUUUGGUGUGGAGAACAGUAGGCGUGUCCUGUCGUAACCUGGUAACGGAUCCUGCGGGGCCCGUGCCUGGCCGCCCCGCCUUCCUGGAGAAGUGUGGCCGCUGAGUGCCUAUCUGCUGGGGUGCCCCAGGUGCCCAUGCUGACUCUGGCUCCGCCUCUAACGCCGCUGUGCCAGGCGGGGGCGCCAGUUGCCAGAGCAGAUCAGGAACUGCCCGGCGCAGCGCGGCAGCUCCUCCGGAACUGGCCCAUCAGUACUACUGCGCCAGCACUCGACCUCGUCUCAACUUCACUCUUAAAACUCUCUCUCUCCUCAUGCAAAGAUCACUUUAGCUGGAAGUGGACAAGAUCGUCAUUUUUAUUGUUGGAUGGAUUUUGUUUUUCUUUUCAUUGUUCUAUUUUUUCCUCUGGAAUUGCCAGUGUUGUUACUUUUAUCAACAUUGCUGUUGUUAAUGAUGUCGUUUGAUGAUAUUUUGUGUUAUUUUUUUUGUGUGUGCGUGUGUGCGCGCGUGCGUGUGUGUGGGUGUGUGUGUGUGUGUGUGUGGGUGCGCGCGCGUGUCCGCAUGUGCGUGUCCAUGCAGUGGUCUUUACGGUAGCUGCUCUCACCAGCCCCUUUCACUGCACAUAUGCAGAAACACUCGGAAGAUGAGGUGCAUCUACGCUUACAUUGCAUCAGCUCACGUUGCUAUGCCACAUCAGCUGCUCAUGCUGAUCCAGAAUGACAGAAACUUUGUGAUUAUGAAUGGACUGAGUUUAGGGGCAAACCGUACUGGAGUGGGGAACUGUAAGUGGAAGUGUCAGACAUGCUCAGCCUGCCUCCUCCCUCUCCAACGCCCCCAUCCCCCUUUUCUCUCCCACUCCAUCCCUCCUCUGUCUCUCCCUCCCCCCGUUCCAUUCUCUCUCUCCUCCCCGCAUCCAUCUCUGAACAUGCACGUUCAGCCACUGUCCGGUGAGCAAGGCUGUAAUUUCACUGAUACAGAAGACAAAGGGCCGAUAGCAUAACUCUCUCUGCCACCUCUCGUCGCCCCAGUAAUAAAAGCAAAAGGUAAUGGACACUCAGCUCUCUUCUUCUAUGCAAAGACUGACCGAGAGGUGCAUGUUCAUAGCAACUGAGUACGACCCACCAUUUCCUCCUCUGCUUUCCUGCUUUUUGAUCGAGCUCACCAGUUUCACCAGCUUCUUGUUACCGUGGCCUCCAAUGUUCAAAGCGAGUUCAUAACUGUCCAGCAUGCCUGACCGCUUUCCUCAUCAGGACCUUGUUUACUCUCUGAAUGAUCUCUUACACUAUGUACAUGCAAUCUCAGGGCAGGCUCAGAGACAUUAUAGCUUACUUCAUCUUUAGGAGGAGAGGGUUCACAUCUUGAUGUUUUAAUGUUGAAUGUCACUUGCUAAUAUUGAGAGAUUUUAGAGUCCAUGAAAGGCGUGCAGAGGGGUGGAGAGUUGUAUUUCUUUUGCUGUGCAUUUUUGGCUUUCUACUCUACUGUAACCUGUAAUGCUCCACAUACUACUUUUAAAUGUUAAACACAAAAAAAUCCACCCACUCGUUAUUCAUUAAGAAAGGAACAGAUGUGCAUGGUGAUGGGGAGGUAGAAUGCAGGCUGGCAUCAAGCUAUAGAGGUAGCACCUUGUCCCAGGUAUGAGAAAUUCACCUGGAAAGACUGCUGAGAUCUAAACAGGGAUUCCAGAACACUUGGGUGCACUGUAGAUGGUUCAUGUUGGGUACAUCAUCGUUUAAACCAAAAAAAAGAAGAAAAGAGAAAAAAAAAUCAUGUCUUUUUAAUUUGUCUUGUAUUUCUUAAAAGAAUAGAACGUAUAGUGCACUCCUGGCUGCAGCGUGCUUCUUUCUGUAAGCCUUUGAUACCCCAAAGCAGUAGAAGGGUGACUGAUGCUGUGCAGUUUUAUCCUGACCCAGGUACAGGGUGCUAGAACAGAAUAGUCUACAGGUCCAGGUCCAGAAGGGCAGGGGCAUAAAAGUUGGUACAUUUACAUCAUUUGGCAGACGUAUUUGAAUAUUUAUGAGUAUGUGACUAUGCUCAGUGAGAAACGCACCCGUGACAUUGGUGUUGCUAGCACCUUGCUCUACCUGCAUUACCAGGUGAGCUACAGGAGGAGUUGGUACCAAGUCUUAAUAGGGACAAGGCCCUGAAAACACUUUUUUGUUUUCCUCAAACUCAAGCGACACUAGUAACAAUCACUAUUGCCUGCCUGUUUUUAUUUGUUUUUAACACCCCUCUUAACUGCCUUGCUUUAAGAUGUAUGCGAAGCUACCAGAACACCAACCCAGCAGAUCCCUCCACAGAAAGGCUCUCUUCCUGUGGCUUACCAACACGUGUCCUGUCCACCAUGGACGGCCUGGGGUGUUUUAGGACUAAAGCUUCCUCUACCCAGCUUUCUCUGUAAGAAAGGUUAUAAUGUUACUUAAAAGUAGAAACAGACGGCUUCUCAAUCAUGUGUAAGAAUGCAGUUCUUAGUUUGGGGUGGGGAGUGCAAAGAAAAUCCAAUCCUUUCAAAGGUCCUGGGUAGAAUAUGCACAUGCUGGUUGAUAUACAUGCACAUGCCUAUGUAUGUAUAUAACUGGUUAUCUCUCUUUCCACUUACCUUAAGUUACUCUUCCAGACCUGAAUUUAAACCCCAACUCCUAUGUCUUUCUCUGUGUACCCAGAUAAAAAGUAUAAACAUAUCAAAAUUAUACAAAAUGAAAGAAAUACAAAUACUUGAAUGAUAAGAAGCGCCAAUAAUGUAAUGUGAAACUUUUUGUAAUAAUUGUUUGUCAUUCAUACACUUCCAAGCUUUUUGAUAACAUCAGUUCAGAAUGAACUAUAAACAGUUGUUUGAGAAAAAAACAAAAAAAACAAACAAAAAAAACGCAAAGUGACAUCUAUUGUAUGUGAGUGUUUGCACAAGACUGCGUGUACUGUAUGAUGGAUGGAUGACUGGGUUUGUUAAUCUGUCUAUGAGUGGGCAACUGUUGAAACAGGUAUGUGUGUGGAUACAGCGGGUUAGUUCCCACCUUUUGGUUUAAUUCAGUAUAUGGAGUUUUUCUUUUCUUUUUUCUUUUUGCAAGUCAGUAGUGAGAAGUUAUUAGCUUCUAGCGUUGCACUGAGUGUCUGCCUCCCCUCUUUCAGCUAAUCGUACAACAUAAAAUACUGAGGGAUAAGGUGACAAUUCAUGUGUUAAUGUUUACUCAAGGAUUUAUUGAGGAAAAAAUAAUUUUAUUUUUUUUCUUUUUCUAAAUAUGUAAUAUGAUUAUCUACCUUAUAGUGGCUUUUAUUGUGGAAUAAUCCAUGAAAAAAGAAAAGGAUUACUAUGAGUAUUGCACCAUUUUUCCAGAUUAUAAACAGGAAAAAAAAAAUGCAAAACACAAAAAAUAAUAAUAAUAACAAUAAUAAAUAAAUAAAUAAAUAAAUAAAGUAGAAAAACAAUGAAAACUGUGGCCAUAGAGUGGUGUAGAGGGACUUGUAAUCUUGUAAAUGGAAAGACAUCUAGAGAAGAAUUUGUUACAAGAGGUGCCUACCUUUUUGGUUAAAUUGCUUUUUUUAUUUAGUUUUAUUCUAUAUCUGUAUCUUUUCUUUGAAAGGCCACCAACAGUUUACAAGCAUUUCAUUUUUUUUCUGAAGUUCGAGGAAAAGGUAAUUACUGUGGGAAUGUUUAAAAAGAAAAAAAGAAAAAAAAACACGAAGGACAAAUACUUCCAUCAUGAAUAACAAACACACUUUACAGAAUGAAGAUUAUUGUGCUACUUGCAGAACUCUGGGAUCGAUCAGUGUUGUCAUGUUGUUUUUCACUUUUUUCUAUGUUGUCAAUGUUGAUUUCAUGGACUAUUGAAGCCUGUAUGUUUUUCCUUUUUGAGAAAAAAAAACAUAUAAUUGCUCACUAUCUUGCACACAUGUGAAAAAGUGGAUUAUGUCUCAGGAAGGCAAGGGUUCCAGAGUACCAACUCCACGCCAUUGUAAUGUUCAUUUUUAUGAGGGGGAAAAAAAGGAUUAAGAAAAUUAAGCACUGAAGGUUAUGGAUUUCAGAAGAAGAAACGUACCUUUGUUUCUAAAUCCGUAGCAGUUACAUAUUUACCAAAUAAUGGACUCUAAAUGAACUUUAAAAAAUGGAGUGCUUUAUAUAUAAAUCUAUAUAUUAAAAUUGCUUUACAUUUUAAACAAAAUGAUCAAUGAUUUUGAUUGUUCAGAAGACAGUGAAAUAACAUACAAAUGCUGUAUGUUUUAAUCUUUAUUGUAUUUUCUUACAUGAGGUCCCUUCCUGUUGGAAUCAGGAGCAUUGUGCAUUACUAUUUCUUUCCUUUCUGUCAUUCUCUCUCUUGUGGCAGGUAUUACGCAAGGAAAAUGUAUACAAGCAUUUCUGCAUCAAUUUGAAGGAUUGAAAGAUAGCUGGUUUUGUGAGGAUCAUGAUCUAUGCACAAGUGGGGUGUAAGGGUGUGUAAAACCUGUGACCCAUGUCUCAUGGGCUGUGGGAAGUUAUUUUUGGGGUGUCCUUCCAUUGUACUCUUAAAUUUGUUGCCUCCUUCCCCCACCUGCCCCAUACCUAUUCCUAUCUCCAUUUUUUAAUUAAUCUUAUAUUACAGUACUUUGCCAUGCUGUGUAUUCCUAAACCAAUGAGCGUCUCAUUCUAAAGCACUGUGGGUUUUUUGUAGCCCGUGACGGGGGUCUCUGUGUUUUAUCUUUUGUGUGUGUUUGUAUGUUAGGGUGAGGGUGGGAAGAGGGAUGGGAUUGCUUUUGCCUUUUGAUUUACAAUAUUAAGGAAAAUGCCUGUACUGAGAUUUUAAAAUGUCAGUGGCUUUUAAUGUGUUUUUUUUUUUUUCCUCUUUCUCUCUCCUCAUACUAGAAUGUGAUUGUUGAUGACAUGCACCGAAAAAAAUGUUUCAUGAACUAUGGAGCUUCUUUCAAACUAUUAAAUUGCUUUUUUUCUUGGCUGUAAGAA